AUUUAAUACUCUCCGUGGAUCAGAAAACCAAAUCAAGAAACCCCUACACGUAAAAUGAGAGUAAAAAAUUCAGAGGAGUACAAAUUCAAUUUCUAAAAAAAUUCCAGACAAAUAUCUGCAGCGAAUAGUAUGUAGGGCUUAUGGAGAAAAGGUGUAUGAAUGACAGAGUACAAUACAUGGAUGAGACGUUGAGCGAGAGUACAUGAUUGUACUUUGCGAUUGUAAACCCAGCGGGAAAAUCAAAUAUUAGCCAGAAUUUUAGUCAAACACAAAAAUACAAAUCUCCGUCUCCAACCAGCAUUGUAUUGUAUGCGUUUCUAAACAGUCAUCCAAAAAUCACUGUUUUCCGAAAAAAAUAAUAAGUGAAAAAAAUUGGUCAAAAUAUUUCUCAUUGCUCUCUUUAUAUUUGAGUUGUAACGAUUCAUUGGAAGUGCAGAAUAUGGAACAAUUACUUGCAGAGCAGGAAGAAGAGCGAAAACGAGACGACGCAGACGCUGCUGUUGCUGAUGGGAGAAAGCAGAGGAAGAAACAAUUUAGAUGGAAAUUGAAUCAUGACCUUGCCCUAGUUAAGGCUGUUUUGGCGCACACCCCAUUCUCCUCAGUAAAACCGGGCGACGCAUGGGCUACGAUUGCUGGUUCUAUAAAUAAAUUAUUUGAAUUAUCACUGGACAAGCUCGCUGUCCAUCGACGGUUUGAUUUAGUUUUGGAAGCACACCGUAAGGAAGAAACAAAGAAUAGAUACAGGUCCGGAAUUGAAGAAGAGGUUUGCGAAAUAGUGCGGCUCUUAAACGACCUAAUGUCCUUAAUUGAUGAUCAGAAGCUAUUGGAAAAAGGUUACACACAAGCAAAACAGAAAAAACUUGACGAUAGUAAAUUAAAGGCUGAAGAGAUACGUGUUGCUGCUUGUACAACGAUUAAGAGAAGUGGUUCGAGCCCCGAAAAUCCUGGCCCUGUUCCAAAGAAGAGUCCAACUGACUCUACUCUAAUCGAUUUGUGGAAAGAGAAACAGGAAUCAGAACGCCAGCAAGAAAUGAAAAGACUUGAUGUCGAACAGCAACGUUAUGACGCCGAGCGCGCUGAAAAAGUGGUCGACCGAGAUCUAGAGAAGAAAAAAUUAGACCUUCAACAGCAGCAAUUCGAGUUGGAGAGGGACCGUUUUAAUCAUCAACGGGACAAAGAUAAAGAAGAGUUUAAAUUGCGAGAAAAAGAAUUAAUCCUUCGAGAGGAAGAACGCAAGAGUCAGAUGGCAACUCAGACAGCCCUAUUACAAUUGCUCAUGAAAAAAUGUGAAAUAUAGCAUUUUAAAUAGCUUACAUGCAAUAAACUGAUU